CAAAGCCGGAGGGCGUGUUUGGCUUUCAUCAAUUUUGAACUUCCAGUGGUUUGCGGUUUGAUUCCUCUUGGAACAGAGGGUUUCGUCUCCGGAAUUCGUAGAACAUUCUACAUUCUCCAUUCCCCAAGAAUCUUCUGGAACCCAUCAACACUCCACCGCCCCAAUAUACCCUGCCAUCUUCUAUAUUCUUCUCAUAUUAUCAGAAGCAAUUCGAUUCGAGUUCUACUGUUGAUUUCAAGUAUACUGAUCUACUCUGUUUCAGAAAUGGCCGACGACAAUGCUGUCACGCUCUACAGCAGCGCCGCCAUCACCGACGCCAAGAAGAACCCGUUCUCCAUUAAAGUCGCCAUGGCCCAGAUGCUCCGAGGCGGCGCCAUUGUGGAGGUUACGAGUCUAGACCAAGCCAAGAUCGCAGAAUCAGCUGGUGCGUGUUGCGUUAUCGUCUCUGAUCCGCGAAGAGCCGGUAUUUCCCGGAUGCCGGAUCCUUCUCUGAUUAAAGAAAUCAAGCAAGCGUUGUCGAUUCCCGUAAUGGCGAAAGCCCGGGUAGGACAUUUCGUCGAGGCCCAGAUUUUGGAAUCAAUCGGCGUCGAUUACAUCGACGAGAGUGAGGCUUUGGCGAUUGCGGAUGAGGAUCAUUUUAUCAAUAAGCAUAAUUUCCGGGUGACGUUUGUUUGUGGGUGCCACGACCUGGGAGAGGCGUUGAGGAGGGUGAGAGAGGGGGCGGCGUUGAUACGGACCCAAGGUGAUUUGAAGGGAUCGGGAAAUGUGAUGGAAGCUGUGCGCUAUGUGCGGAAAGUUAUGGGCGAGAUCAGGGUUUUGAACAACAUGGACGAGGAUGAGGUUUUCGCAUUUUCCAAGCGAAUUCAAGCGCCUUAUGAUAUCGUGGCGCAGACGAAGCAAAUGGGGAGGCUGCCUGUGGUGCAUUUCGCAGCUGGAGGAAUUGUGACGCCUGCUGAUGCCGCAUUGAUGAUGCAAUUGGGAUGUGAUGGGGUGUUCUUGGGACCAGAGGUUUUUGAUUGUCUGGAUCCAUAUAAGAAGGUUCGGGCUAUUGUACAGGCUGUUAGGAAUUAUAACGACCCGAUGGAGUUGGCAGAGGCGAGUAGUGGUUUGGAGGAUGCUAUGGCAGGGUUGAAUCUGAAUGAGAGACAGGUCGAGCCGUUUGGUGAUGGAGGUCGUUACUGACUUGUUUGAUGAGUGUUUUGCCACCUGCUCUGUAUCAUUCUUGUUUUUGAGGAUGAAGGAAUGAUGUAGCAUAAUGUUGUGUUUCAAGGCUGUCAUGUUUGAUUGUUGUUUUUUGUCUUUACACUGAACUAAUAAGAGCUAAUGAUCUUGUACCCCUUUUCAAUUGAUAGUUGAACUGAAAUAAGGAUAGUUAGAUGUAGUCAACUUUGUAUGAGCAUUGUGAGACUUUGUUGGGAUCAAAUGAAUUGAGUUGCUUUUUGUUACAA